AUGUCUACUGCUUACGGCAAAAUCCCUAAACCUGCUUCUUCUGUUGAUUUGGAUAGUAUUUUACCUAUCAAGAAAGUUUUGAGAGACGGAACUGAAGGCAUCAUUCAAAAAGUAGAUCCUAACAAUAAGUCUUUAGUUGAUUAUUUACAUGCAAGAUUCAACGCUGAAAUUGAAGCAGGAUCUACUUAUCCUCAAGAAAACUUAUUAGACGAACAAGGAUUUAGAGAUUAUUUUCUAGGAUCAGACGCUUUUGUGAUGUCUGCAGAUAGUUUGAUUGAACCUGGUGUUGAAUAUGAUUGGCAAGAUAAAGUGGUUGGUAUGUUCUAUAUCAAACCAAACUAUCCUGGUAGGUGUUCUCAUAUCUGUAACGGUGGUUUCUUUGUCAUGGACCAUUAUCGUGGUAAAGGUGCAGGCCUUGUCAUGGGCGAAGCAUUCAAAGUGUUAGUACCUGCCAUUGGUUACAAGGCUUCUGUGUUUAAUUUGGUGUUUGAGAACAAUCCUGCUUCUAUUGCCAUUUGGAAAAGAUUAGGCUUUGAGCAAAUUGGCCGAGUUCCCAGAGCUGGUAGAUUAAGAAACAGUCCUGAUAAGCUUGUAGAUGCUCUUAUUUUCUAUCACAACUUUGAAUAA